AAUGUUUCCUAUAUAACAUAAGAGGGUAUAUCACGAAUCGUUAAUCGAGUUGUUCCACCGCAGCAAUUUGACAAAACAUCAAAAUGAAAGUUACAUUCUUAUUGUGCGCCACCUUUGUAUUGGCUUUCCAAUAUGCCAAAGCCGACCCAGUUGGUGAAUGCCCUGACGCCAUGAACCCGGAUAAAGUUGAUUUCUUGGUAGAUGAUGAUGAUUGCACCGUCUUUUAUAAAUGCGAUUGGGGAAAACCCGUCAAAUUCGAUUGCCCAUCUGAUUUACAUUUCAACAAAGAAUUGGAAGUCUGUGAUUGGCCAGAUAAAGCUGGAUGCAACGGUGAUGGUGGAGAUGAUGGUGGAAGCAGCAGUAGCAGUAGCAGCAGCGAAAGCGACGAAAAUGUAGUUGAUGGAGGUGAUGAUGAAGAAGUUGAGGGAGGAGAUGACAAUGUUGAGGAAGAUUCCGGUAGCUCCAGCUCUAGUUCUAGCUCCGAAAGUGACGAAAGUGGCGAUGGAAACGGUCAAGGCAGAUGCCCAAAUGAUCCAUGCCCCAAAGAAAAUGGUGAUUUCCCUCAUUACUUUGCCCACCCUGAAACUUGUGGUAGAUUCUGCCAAUGUGAUUGGGGAGUAGCCUAUGAUAUGCCAUGCCCAGAUGGACUUCAUUUCAACACCAAACUUAAUGUUUGCGAUUGGCCAGCUGAUGCAGGAUUUACAUUCUUGUUAUGUGCCACCUUUGUAUUGGCUUUUCAAUAUGCCAAAGCCGACCCAGUUGGUGAAUGCCCUGACACAAUGAACCCGGAAAAAGUUGAUUUCUUGGUAGAUGAUAACGAUUGCACCGUCUUUUACAAAUGCGAUUGGGGAAAACCCGUCAAAUUCGAUUGCCCAUCUGAUUUACAUUUCAACAAAGAAUUGGAAGUCUGUGAUUGGCCCGAUAAAGCUGGAUGCAACGGUGAUGGUGGAGAUGACGGUGGAAGUAGCAGCAGCAGUAGCAGCAGUGAAAGGUAUGAAGGGGACGAUGAAGAAGUAGUUGAAGGAGGUGAUGAUGAAGAAGUUGAGGGAGGAGAUGACAAUGUUGAAGAAGAUUCUAGUAGCUCCAGCUCUAGUUCUAGCUCCGAAAGUGACGAAAGUGGUGAUGGAAACGGUCAAGGCAGAUGCCCAAAUGAUCCAUGCCCAAAAGAAAAUGGUGAUUUCCCUCAUUACUUUGCCCACCCUGAAACCUGUGGUAGAUUCUGCCAAUGCGAUUGGGGAGUUGCCUAUGAUAUGCCAUGCCCAGAUGGACUUCAUUUCAACACCAAACUUAAUGUUUGCGAUUGGCCAGCUGAUGCAGGAUUCUUUUAUAAAUGCGAUUGGGGAAAACCCGUCAAAUUCGAUUGCCCAUCUGAUUUACAUUUCAACAAAGAAUUGGAAGUCUGUGAUUGGCCAGAUAAAGCUGGAUGCAACGGUGAUGGUGGAGAUGAUGGUGGAAGCAGCAGUAGCAGUAGCAGCAGCGAAAGCGACGAAAAUGUAGUUGAUGGAGGUGAUGAUGAAGAAGUUGAGGGAGGAGAUGACAAUGUUGAGGAAGAUUCCGGUAGCUCCAGCUCUAGUUCUAGCUCCGAAAGUGACGAAAGUGGCGAUGGAAACGGUCAAGGCAGAUGCCCAAAUGAUCCAUGCCCCAAAGAAAAUGGUGAUUUCCCUCAUUACUUUGCCCACCCUGAAACCUGUGGUAGAUUCUGCCAAUGCGAUUGGGGAGUUGCCUAUGAUAUGCCAUGCCCAGAUGGACUUCAUUUCAACACCAAACUUAAUGUUUGCGAUUGGCCAGCUGAUGCAGGAUGUAAAUAAUAUAUUUAUUUUCAUAAAAAUGUUAUUUAAAGAAAUAUAAAUUAAAUAAAAUAUGAUUAUGUAUUAA